AUGUCGUCGUGAUACAUUCACCUCGAAAUUUUAGAUACAUUUCCGUCCACUUGUUAAUCAACUUCAUAAUACGGAAUAAAUCUUUAGUACUUAUUCUGUGAUACAAAAUUUUACGCAUGCGUAUAAUACUGUUAUCAAGGUGUCGUGAACUUGUGAAACGUAGACGAUGCACACAAGUGUAGUUUAUUUGCGUUUGAAAACGGUUCGCUCGUGAGUCGUGAGUGAUGUAAACCUAUUUUUGAGCAAAGUUAACCUCACUUCUUUUUAGUAAGAUUAAGGUGAUUCAUAGAUUCGUUUGUGUUUUAUACCAUUAAUAUAGUGAAGGAUGUGUAAUGUCAUUAUUACCAGGAAUUAAAUUACUUUGGCAUGUACUGAUGUGUAUCUAGGACGUAUCGAUUGUCGUGUAAUGUCAAAAUAUUAAAUCGAUAAGAAACAUGGAAGCAAUUAUGAUAACAUAUAAAUGACAAAAAUAUGGAUAAAUGUUUUACCGUCUGCGGCUGUGAUGAUCUUGAAGGCGUGACAAAAUCGGAUUUAGACCGAUAUACGGAUAAAAUUGAAAAUGUUCUCAACGAUGAAAAGGGGCGUCGAUUGUUUAGAAACUUCAUGUUUUCAAGCAACAUGAGAAGCGGUCGUCGGGCGCUCGAUCUUUGGGAAAAUAUUGAAAGAUUACUCAUUCACAAGGAUGAAGACAGUUCAUCUUUUCGGAAUUAUUUGAGAGAUUAUGAUCGAUUAACUGAUGCGGCUGAAAGAGUUGAGGAAUUAGAUUUCGCCACCAUGGAGAGAUUAGUCCUUGCGCGCGAUUCAGAAAAUAAAGAACAAAUGGAAGAAGUACUUAGAGCUUUAAAAGUAGAAGUAACAAAAGCACUCAGAAGAGAAUAUAACGCUUUUCGAAUACGUUUUAUGCCUUCGAAAAACAACUAAUACACAUUUUAAU